UAUUUUAUCUGUGGCAACAACUACGCAAAAAUGAUAUUUUGUUGGGUCUUUGAUUUUCCUUCCCGCUUCCCGCCGGCUGUUGACGGUUUGGUUUUGGCACGUGCAAUUUUUUCAUUACAAUAAAUAAACCAGCGCUACUCACCUUUUAGCUGGUUUGUCACUGAUGCUGACUGUUGGAGAAUAUUAUUUUGAUCGCUAGCAGAUUGUUAAAAUGCCGCCGUCCCCUGUACGAUACAGAGUGCCUUGGAAAGUUAAUAAGCGCUCCUCUGAACCUGAUAGAUGGCUAGACGAAAUGGGUUUUUUUCGAAAACAUACUGCUAGGGAUUCCAGCUGUCUAUUCAGAACUGUCUCUGAAAACAUUUAUAACACUCAGCGUUAUUUCCACAAAGUGCGCAUCGAUUGUGUUCAGUUCAUGUCUGCUAAAAGACAUCUCUUUGAAGGGUCCUUGAAUUGUUCAUUUGAAAAUUAUCUCAAAGAGAUGUCGAAUCCAUCUGAAUGGGGUGGUCUUAUUGAAAUAUCUGCUAUGAGCCACCUGUAUCGACGUGAUUUUGUUAUUUUUGAAGCCAACAAAGGCCCUCAAACAAAAAUUUGCAAUGGUUAUGGAAAUACAAUUUACUUAUUUUAUUCUCCUGAUACAAAGCAUUUUGAUUCUGUGUAUACCAAAGAAUUUAUUAACACAUCAUCAUUUUGUCAAUCACUGGUUUAUGAGAUUCUUUACGACGGUGUUUACAAAAUAAAAGACCUUCCUUACGCUGUUGAUAAAAUGCUUCAUGACAAAAUUCCAUCUAAUCAUAUUGAGUACUUUAUGUCUGAAAAUGUAGAACGUAGAAAGAAACAAAAGGAUAGAGCAAAAAUUUUCAUAGAAACGAUUAGUGAUGACGAUAAGGAUAAAAAUAAUAAUGCUGUGGCUUUGAAAUGCAAACAUCAUACCGAGGAUCUCGAAAGGGGCAGCCUUUUGAAGGAAUCGCUGAGCAUUUUUGUGUUCAACCGUAGUUUAAUUCAGCUUGAAAAUGUUUGUAUAAAUUGUUUGAACGUGAAUAGCGCUAAAGACUUGCUCGAUAAUGGUAUUACACCCUUCCCAUAUAAAGUAGCAAAGGCUUUAGAUCCUGAUAUUUAUCGUAAUAUUGAAUUUGAUGUAUGGAGUGAACUAAGAAGAGAGUUUCGUUAUGGAGCUAGAUAUUCCGAUGGUACCACUUUACAAGUAGGUGUAAAAUGUCUUUGCAAGCUGCAAUCUGAUCAGUCGGUACCAUACCACUGUCAUAUCCAAGAGAUGAGCCCGGAAGGUGGGCCUUGUCUCGUAUUCAUUGAAGAGUUGGGAGAGAAACGUGUCGUGGGCUAUGACCAAUUGGAACCAUUGCCAAUCGAGGAGAUACGUCCCUGGGCCCCGCCUUACCGUUUCUCACGUACUAGCUCCCAGUUCUUGUCUCUCAGCCAAAUGUUGCAACAAUUAGGUAAUAUAACUAGAAAACAAGGGAUUAAAGGAAGGAAUAAGAAAGGAGAUGAUAUGAAGAGUAUGGAGAAAAAUUCAAUGAAGAAUAAUGAAAAACUUGAACCUCAACCCCCAUAUAUAAACCACGCCGUUGACUAUUCAGCGUAUCAUCACAUGGAUUUCUUUAAUUUUGAACCUAUGCCUGUUGAAGUGGAAGCACUGCCCCUGAUGGUGGACUGUCGGCCGGCGGCGGGCGCUCCGCCCCACGAGAUGCAGCCCCACAACGGAGCUCCCCAUGAUAACCACCAAGGUGCAGGCAGCGGCGCCGGCGACAUGGCGGGGCCGGGCGGCGCGUCGCCCGCCGCGCGCGCCUCCACGCCCGCGCCCGCCCAGCCGCCCCCGCAUGCCGCGCUGCCCGCAUACGCAGGUGGUAUGAACCAGUGCGGGGCAGUGCCGUGCGGCAUGGGCGGGCCGCCGCUGCCGCCGAUGCCGGGCAUGCCGUUCGUGGGCGGCGUGGGGGCCGUAGGGGGCGUCGGGGGCGUGGGCGUGGGCGGCGUAGGGGGCGUGGGCGGGUACUGCGCGCCCUACUGCAAGCAGGUGAUGUGGUACUCGCCGCAGGGCCACGUGCCGCCGCCGCCGCCGCCCGGAGUCAACAUCAACGCGGGCCGCAGCCUCCAGCACAACGGAUCUGAUCUGCCAAUGAACGGUACCGAAUAUGAUAUGGUAACGCUGCGUUACUAUUACAACUUGGGCGUGGAGUGCAUGUGGGCGGCGUACGGCUGCCCGCCGCAGCUGCCGCAGCCCCCGCAGCCCCCGCAGCCCCCGCGACAGUACUCGGCACGGGAUAUAACACAGGAGAUGCAGCAGGUGUCGCUGCAGGAGCGCGCGGCCGAGGGCAACCACAAAUAUAAGAGCCCGCCCAACGACAAGCAGCCGCUCAACAACCAGGGCAAGGGCAACGGACAAAGACCUCUAUUAGGACCUAGGUUCAAGCGCGGUGGUAACCACCAGGACGGUGGCAACCAGAACAACCAUAACCAGAACAAGGGCCAUAACAAUAUGCCCAAUAAGGGAUCCAAUAAUCGUUACUAUUUCAGUCGUAACUCUCACAACGAGCGCGGCGGCGCGCCGCAGCUGUACGGCGGCGGCGGCGGGGCGGAGGGCGAGUGCGUGCUGGAGCCGCCGCUGCUCACCGUGCCCUACUGCCAGUACCCGCCGCCGCUCUACCCGCUGCCCUACUACCCCAUGGAGGACCCAGCGAUGAUGGGCAUGAUGGGCGGCAUGGGAUACGUGGGAUAUGACGAGGGGUUGGAGUACGGACCCCCCGUGCAGCACUACUACGCCGCGCCGCACUACCCGCCGCCCCCCGCGCUGGCCGCCGCUCCCGCCGCGCCUCCUGCGCCUCUGCCGCACCACCUCGCCCCGCACCCACCACACGCCCCCCACCAGCACCCCCCGCCGCCCCACCACCAACACCACGCCGAACACAAGUAGACUGACAUCCCCGCGACAAUUGAACGAUAUGCAAACGACUACGGUAAUGUUGAAACGGUAUAUGAACGACUACGGCAAUGUUGAAACGGUAUCCAAAAGACCACGGCAAUGUUGGAACGGUAUAUGAACGACUACGGCAAUGUUGAAACGGUAUCCAAAAGACCACGGCAAUGUUGAAACGGUAUACGGACGAUUAAGGCAAUGUUGGAACGAUGUUUAAUAGACGGUAUGUUUAAACAAUAUCUAAAAGACCCAUAGUGUUGUUAAAACAGUAUCUAAAUGGCUACGGAAAUUUUAAACUAACCCUAACUUACGCAUAAACGGAUAUGUUUAAUAGAAAUCUCUUUGAAUCUCACUACACUAUGUUGUAGAAAAUUGCCGCUCUUGAUAUUGUCACACGUUAUUACCUAGUGCACUAUUUAUUUAAAUGUAUAGUAUCGAUAUAUUUAUAGUUUUCAUCUAUUUUCUAUACUUUGGACUAUAUUUCUGUUUAAUUACUAUUUGUACUGCAGUUUCCCUUCUGCCCACCUCCCUGACAUCGCAGCGUAAAGAAAUACUUUGGUAGUUAAAACAACCAUUCGUUUUUAAUUUUUAUAUUGGCAGCUACAUCAAUAGUUAAAACGUGCUUCUCUUUACCUGUCUACCUAUUAUCUUCAUUUGCUGUGUAAUAUAAGUGAAAACAGUGAAAGCCUACGUUAUAACAUUGCUAGGAAUGUCUGACAACGAUGCUCAACGAAUACGGUAUACGAUUACUAGGUGUAGAUAUAUAAUCUAUAGACGGAAAAAAGUCAAAAAAGACCUCCAUAGGUCUAUUUUUUACAAUAAAUGACAUUUCAAAAAAUUAGACGGUAUUCAUUGUAUGGAUCUUUUCUAUAGAUUAUAUAUCUACGCUAUAAGGAUGUUUUUAUGCUAUGUGCAAAUUAUUUACAGAGUCAAUUAAAUUUUAUGCUCAAAUUUUUGUAACAAAUCUUUGAUUUUUUAUUUUUUGAGGUUACGUUUUUUCUGUAUACAACGGUGUAGUCUCUGUCUACACCAAAACGGUAGACUUGUUGCACAUAGCAUAAAUUAAACGUUUUUUUUUAUGUAGAAUCGGGAAAUAAUUAAUAAUGCAAUUGAUUUGCACUUCAACCUUUACUGAGCUGUUUUUUUUUCAUUAUUUUGCGAUCCGCGACUGAUUUUUUUGCAUUUUUUUGGUUAAAAUAUUAGAGUAUAGAAUUAACAAGUAAGAUUUCCAUUAUUCCUAAAUGUUUACAAAUGUAGAAAUAUUGAUGUCAAAAAAUGUCUAAAAAUGACAAAAGUAAGUUGUAAACGUUUUUUUUGCAAUUCACUUUUGUCAUAAAAAAUAAAAAAAAAUGAUUGUUGUUGUAAAAUUAUUGUGUAAUGGCAACAUAUAUGCCAUUUUAAAGAUAUUAAAUGUGCGUAGUUAAAGGGUCGAAAGUGAUUUUAAUGGACCAAGGAAAAGGUACAGUCCUUCAAUAAUUAUGUAGUUUUCCCCUAAAAAGCGCAUUUUAUUUGCUUUAACUUCAGAUGCAUAAAAAUUGCAAAUUUCAUGUAAAUUCUCUGUAAUAAACCACUUUGCUCAAAAUUUUAUUCCACAUAUCGAAAUUUAAGGAAAUAUUAAAAAAAUAUCUAUACAUUUUUUAGAUAAAUAGAGACGUUUUCGUUAAAAACUCCAUCUAUAACACUUGUGUUGACAAACAUUGAAAUAAAAUAGAUAUGUCUAAAUGUCCAGAUUACACUAUUCCAGUCCAGCGAUCGAAAUCAGUGUUGGAUUGUAUUCCAGGAAAUAUGAACACGCUUCACUUUACAUCUGGAAAUGUUAACACACUGAACAUUAUAACUGAAAAUGUGAACACACUUUAUAUUACAUCUGGAAAUGUGAACGCACCCUAACAAUUACAACUAAAAAUGCAAAUACAUAGUAAA